AUGUAUUAUCAAAACAAGUGGCACACAGCUCAUUUGCCCCUAUUAUCUAAUAACUUAUUUGACAAGAAAGGGACAUCUUACAAGAUUAAUUCAGUUGUGACCAAGAAAUGGCAAAUUGAUCUUGAGAAGUACAAAGCAUAUUCUCCUGUGUUUAUCCCGGUUGGUUUCUUGAUGUCAUUGGCUUUAAGUUUAGGUGGUUUUAGUGCUGUUAUGAUCUCCUUUUUCUGGAAAUUCAAGACUGAUGCGUGGGAACCUCUAUUCAAAAAGGAGACACAUUCGACUUCCCAUUACAUUGUAGCAUCUGGUAAAAAGUUCAAGACCUUUUAUGUUUGUUCAAUUUUGGUUGGGUUGGCCUUAGGUUUCGUCUUUUCAGAGGCUUGGCAUGAAGCAGCCCAAUUAGGAGCCGGAGGUUACCUUGUUUCUGCACUCAUCGGGAUAUUGAUCUUUGUCCCUGUCGCUUUGGUGGAAUCUAGAUCAACAUUCGAAUUAAACAUGAACGGGUUUUUCAAUGUCGUUGGUGCAUUUUGGUUUAAAGGUAAGCCAAUAGCCACACUUUAUUUCUUGAACACCGGUUUUUCCAUUUUCGAACAUGCUAUGCAUUAUACCCAAGGUGCGAAAUUAGGAUUCUACAUGAAAACUCCACCAAAGCUAACAAUGUUUGUCUUACUGGCAGCUGGUAUUUGGGCAUCCCUAGUGACUUCAAGUGUAGCAGGGUUUGUCCUUUACCACAUUGACAAUGUCUGUACCGCUGCUGCAAAGAAUCAUAUGAUCUGCAAAAAGCAACAAACAGCUUUCAAUACCCAAAUUCUAUGGGGUUUGUUUGGACACAAGAUUUUCGGCGAUGGAGGACGCUACAACUUUAUAAUGUACUUCUUUUUGGUCGGUGCCGUCGUAUCGUGUAUCGUCAUUGUUAUGCAAAUUUGGAGACCCAAAUCUGUCUUCUGGGCCAAGGCAAACCCAGCACUAUUCAUGGCCGGUGCAGAAAAUAUCCCUACUUCCACUGGUAUUAACUACUCUGCAUGGUUUAUUGUAGCAAUGAUCUUCAACUACUAUAUUCAUAAAAAGCAUACGGCUUGGUGGAGAAAGUAUAAUCUAAUUCUUGCCGCUGGCUUGGAUUGUGGUGUUGCAAUUGCUGCAAUUUUGGUCUACUUCUGCGUUGUCUACACUGGUGGAUCUGCAAAUUACAGCUGGUGGGGAACUGAAGUUGCCUCAUCUAGUUGUGACUCCAAAGGUUGUCCAUAUCUUCCAGCAAAGAAAAUCGACGCUUCUGGAAUUACUUGGUGA